UUAUACUUGGCACAGUGCAGUCAGGUAAGUACCGUUCUCCUGGCAGGCACCAAACUGAGACACGUCCAUUGGAUUGCCAGACAGAGAAGCGUGAUUCGUCACUCCAGAGAACACGUUUCCUUUACAUUGCACUUGGUGCACUUCGUGACUGAGUUGCUGCUGUGCUCAGCUGCUUCCACUUUGUUAUAAUACCACUAACAGUUGACCGUGGAAUAUUUAGUAGCAAGGAAAAGUCACUGAUGCACUUAAUGCACAGAUGGCAACCUAUCACAGUACCAUGCUUGAAUUCACUGAGCUCCUGAAAGUGACCCAUUCUUUCAUAUAUGUUUGCAGAAGCAGUCUGCUUGCCUAG